CAAAGAGAGCUGGAGUAUGUUCAUAAUAUAGACGUCACCCUGUGCUCUGACCGUGGCAACCAAGUGCGCAGCUCUUAACUGUACAACUACAAUCUCGACACGCUCACGGACGACCGAGGAAUCCACGCAUCCCUCAACACAAGCAGUCUGGCACCGACAUCCGCAGCGGCUCGCUAGACAGGACACCGUUUUUCACUACAGGACGUUUUUGGGCACGCGGACUUCUUUUCUGCGCACUUGAAGCUGAUUCGCGAGAGGGUUUAAAGGAAGGAGCAGGGACUCUUAAGAGAGUGAGUCACAUCUGACGGGAACCCUUAUGGAAGGUGCUGUUUAUCACAUCCCAGAGAGUAUGUUUACCAUGAAGAGGAAUGUAUGGAUUCAGAGAAUAACCAGGUGAGGCUGAUGAUGGAGGAGGUGUCAGGCCCCCGGUCCUGCACUGCGAAGCCCCCCCGCAGUCUGCUGGAAUGGAAGAAGAGAGUCAAGUCUGAGUACAUGAGGUUAAGACAGCUGAAACGCUUCCGCAAAGCUGAGGAUGUCAAGUCCCUUUUCCAGUCGAACCGCCGGAAGAUUGAAGGAAGAACUGAGCUGCUGAAUGAGGAAUGGUCCAAGCUCCGAAUCCAGUCCAUUCCCCUUUCCACAGCCAGUGGCUCUCUGCCCAGCAAAAAGUUGUGCAUGGUAGAGUCUGGCUUUCCGUCUUUUCCAUACCAGGCAGUUACCAUGCGUCCCUUGACAACUGUUGCUGGGAUACCAUUCAUGUACUCCUGGUCCCCUUUGCAGCAGAACUUCAUGGUGGAAGAUGAGACAUUUCUGCAUAAUAUCCCCUACAUGGGAGACGAGGUGUUGGAACAGGAUGAAGCUUUCCUGGAAGAGCUUAUUGACAAUUAUGACGGGGUGCAUGGAGACAGAGAAGGAGGCUUCAUAAAUGAUGAGAUCUUUAAAGAGCUGGUGGAGGCACUGAGCCAAUACUCAGACCCAGAGGAAGAGGAGGAGGAAGAGCCCUCAGAGCAAACAGAGAAUAAGGAGGAGGAGGAGGAGGAGGAGGAGGAGGAGGAGGAGGAGGAGGAAGCGGUGCAGAAAACUACAGCUGAAGGAGCAGAAGAGUCAAAAGAGGGCUUCCUCAAAAGGAAGAGGAGGAGCACUGCUGAAGGAAGGGAGCUCUCCACCAAUAAGAAGAUUCCUCAUGACAAGAUUUUCACAGCUAUUGCGUCUAUGUUUCCAUACAAAGGCACCAUGGAGGAGCUGAAGGACAAGUACAAGGAUCUCCUGGAGCCAUCCAGCCCUGUGAAGUUGCCUCCUCUCUGCACGCCCAACAUGGACGGCCCCUGUGCCAAAUCUGUUCAGAGAGAGCAAAGUCUGCACUCUUUUCACACACUUUUCUGUCGCCGCUGCUUUAAAUACGACUGCUUCUUGCACCCUUUCCAUGCAUCUCCUAAUGUGUAUAAGAGGAAGAUUAAAGAGAUCCGAAUGGAGACAGAGCCCUGCGGACUGGACUGCUUUCUGCUGCAGUUCUUUUCAUCCCUUCUUUGGUCACAGAAAGGGGCAAAAGAGUUUGCUGAUCAAAACAUGCAGAGGUCUCAAAGGCCCCGUCGUCGAAGAAGACAGCCCCGCCCCUCGAGUUCCUGUGGCCCCGCCCCCUCAGGCUCCGGUGAGGAGGGAAAAGAAGGAGACAGUGACCAUGAGACCACCAGCUCCUCAGAGGGUAACUCUCGGUGUCCCAGUCCCGCCAAACUGAGAUCAGGGGAGGAAGGAGCAGAGGAGUCCCAUUCUCCUCCUCAGUGGAGCGGAGCAGAGGAGUCUCUGUUCAGAGUCCUGCACGGCACAUAUUACAACAACUUCUGCUCUAUUGCACGACUCAUUGGCACCAAGACAUGUAGAGAGGUUUACGAGUUUGCAGUGAAAGAGAUGCUGAUUCACCGCGUUCCGCUGGAGGACGGUGGGAUCUCACCACAGAAGAAAAAACGAAAGCACAGAUUAUGGGCAAAGAUACAGCUGAAGAAAGACAACUCAUCCAAUCAAGUGUACAAUUAUCAGCCGUGUGACCACCCUGAGCACCCAUGUGAUAGCUCCUGCUCGUGUGUGAUGACACAAAACUUUUGUGAGAAAUUCUGCCAGUGCAAUCGGGAGUGUCAGAACCGGUUUCCUGGCUGCCGCUGUAAGACUCAGUGUAACACCAAGCAGUGUCCGUGUUACCUGGCGGUGCGGGAGUGUGACCCUGACCUCUGCAUGACCUGUGGGGCCGCAGACCACUGGGACACCAAACAGGUCUCCUGUAAGAACUGCAGCAUUCAGAGAGGAAUCAAGAAGCACCUGCUCCUGGCCCCAUCUGAUGUUGCAGGGUGGGGUACAUUUAUCAAAGAGCCAGUCCAGAAGAACGAGUUCAUCUCUGAGUACUGUGGAGAGCUUAUUUCCCAGGAUGAAGCAGACAGGAGGGGCAGAAUCUAUGACAAGUACAUGUCCAGUUUUCUCUUCAACUUGAACAAUGACUUUGUAGUGGAUGCCACUAGAAAAGGGAAUAAAAUACGAUUCGCCAACCACUCCGUCAACCCCAAUUGUUACGCAAAAGUUGUCAUGGUGAAUGGUGAUCACCGCAUUGGAAUCUUUGCCAAGCGAGCCAUACAGCGAGGAGAAGAGCUCUUUUUUGACUACAGAUACAGUCAAGCGGAUGCAUUGAAGUAUGUGGGUAUUGAGAGGGAAAUCGACAUUGUGUAGACACACACCCAUUGAGUGUGUCCUCAUUUACCUGGUAACAUUUUUGCCUACCCACAAUGCUUUGCACUUCACUGACAUCACAGAUUCAAUUGAUGAUGCAGUCAGAUGGUGAUGUCACUACUUUAACCUGUGGUUUAAUUGACUCUGAACAAGCGUUUUUGUUUACCUCUUUGAGAUAACGUCUGUGAUACCCUAAAGAAACCAAAAGGUGUCCUCAGAUUUACAAAUCCACUCCUCCGCACAGGACGAAUAUUGAUAGACUGCACCAUUUUCUCUGCCAUGGAAGGAAAAAUGACAGUUCAGACAACUGUCAUAAAGUUUUUAUUUUAUUUCAUCCCAUCUCUCCAUUCAUAAGGCUCUGUAAACAGCUUUCGAAAUAGCUAUAACCUCUAUAUGCUCAAUAUAUACUGUAACUGCAAACUGAAUGCAUCACACUUAGCCGUUGUUGUUUCUAGUCAAAAUAUUUUGUUGUGCAAAACAUCAAGCAAUAUUUCAAAGUUACAUUCGCUGUUAUAGUCAGUCAGGUCAGUAUCUUCUCUCUUUAAAACAAACUUCAGUAAACUCCUCUGCAACCUGGUGUUAGCCUGUUACUGUAAUGUGCACCCCUCUGCUAUCUAUCUAUCUAUCUAUCUAUCUAUCUAUCUAUCUAUCACUCUUGCUGUGUUGCACAAAGCUGGCUCAUGUUGUCAGAAAUUAGCAUUCUAGCUAACAUAGCACUAAGGCAGUUAAUCUUCAUCUCUGCUUAAACUGUAUGAGGUCAAAUAUUGUUAUUGUUCUGUAGAAAUAAACAAAACAAGUGACCAUAUAAACCGACAGACUGAAUGUGAAAUGUGAGCUUAAGAGUGACUUAAAGGACAUUGUAUAGCAGGUUUUUUUUUAAGAGUGAACAAAAGAGUGUACAAAAUAGGCCUAGCAAGAGUUAGGGUUUGGGUUCCAAUGUCAUAUGUUACAUUUUAUGUCAAAUAAAGAACUAAACCAAAUGAU